AUGGCCUUGGCAUUUGAAGCUGAGACGCACAGACCGGCGUCAGGCCCUGGCCGGCGAUGCCCAUUCGGCGUGGCCUCCGGGGUGAAGACAUCCUUCACGGUGACCCUCGAGAAGAAUGAGACCUUGCUGGGAUCCAUGCAAGACGAGCUCCAGGAAGGUGUGGACCUCAAGGAGGACGCACAGGUGGCGGAGAAGGAGGCGGAGCUCAAGGAGCUCAAGGAGGAGCCGCAGCACCCGGACCGCCACGAGUUCGUGGUGCCCAUGCCCAAAGCCAAGGAAGACGCCGGAGAAGAGGAUCGGGCGGAGGAGCCGGAUGAGGCGGCGGCGGGCGGAGCGCCUGCCGGCGAGCCCGGAGCGCCGCCUGGGGACGACUUCGAGGCGGGCUACGAGGAAGGCUACGACGAGGGCUACGAUGAGGGCUACAGCGAGGAGGGUGUGCCGCUGAUGGACAAAGACCUGAAGCUGGCGGAUAUCCGCUUCGACAGCAAGGUGGAUCCUCAACUGAACCGCAUCGCGGAUCAGGUGAACAGCAAGAUCGACAUGGUGGAGGAUCGAUUGCUUGGCAACCGCCUGCAGAAUGUCGUGGUGCCCUUACCCGCGACGGAGGCCUCCAGAGAUGCCAGCUCGGUGCAUGUCUUCCUGGGGAAUCAAUCCGCCACGAACCCCGAUGUUGGCACCCCACUGGAUGAGGUAAACCAACUGCUGCAGAAGGCAAACACCGUUGAGAAGAGUCUGGUCACCUCCAACCUGCAGCUCAAGCUCUCGGCCGCACCUUUGCUCCUCCCGCGGUGGUCUGUCAAGGCGAAGGUCUUGGCGCUCAAGUUCCUGGUCAGCUUUGCAAUCUUCAACUCCGUGUAUCACUUGAUGCACGAGGAUCUGCAGAUCAUCAUGCUCGGCCAGCAGAGCGUCACGGAGAUGCAAUACUCCUGGGCGAGCACUGACUGGGGCCAGGACGUUUUGGAGUGGGCCCUUUUGUGGUUCACCACGUUCUUUCUCUUCUGCGCCGACACCGGGAUGUGGUUUACAGUCGGCUGCACCUUCCUCGGAGUGGGCACUGCCUUUGUCCAGCGCUCGUGCGAGGUCUUUACCUUCUGCUUCGAGGACGCAGUCGCCAAGAUCCCAGAGCGUAUGUCCGAGAAGGUCUUUUCUUUUGUGAAGAGCGCGGUGGAAGGCCGAGAGAUGGCUCGGGAGUUCCCCAUGAUCUGGGAUCGCGUCUUGGAGUACAUGAGGUACGAGGACAAGGUCGGCUUUCAAUUUAUGUCCGACCAGUCCUUCCAAACGAGCCACGGGCACGUGGGCGUGGACUGGCAGAGCUUGACUCGGCCCAUUCGUGCCCCGCUGAGGUCCGAUGGUGCCGAAGGCUCGCAGAGGAGGAUUGCCGUGCCGAACAUGUUUCAGGAGCAUGGCGUGGUUCAGAGGGCCUUCCUCCACUACGGCUGCUGUAUCCGGGACCCCAACUGGCCUGAGAACCCGGAGGUGCAAUGGCGGCUGCUGGCGCUCUCCCGCGGCCUGGGCCUGCCGAUCCCGAAGCCCUUCCGCGCGCCUUUCAUGCCGGGCAUCACGGUGCUUAUCCCCCACUAUGGUGAGACCAUCAUCGAGAAGAAGGAGUCCCUGUACGGAGGGCGGGACGAUGACAUUGUGCCGCUCAUGGACUGGUUGAAGGCUCGAUACGAGGACGAGUGGCACCAUUUCGACGCGCGGAUGCAGGCCAAAAACUUGGGGGGCCUCCGGGCCGGCACCAACUGGGACGAGUACACCGACGAGCAGUGGGCUAAGAUCUGCGGGUGGUCCUCCAUGCGCUUGCAAACGCUCUUCCGCACAGUGGCCGGCAUGAUGCUUUACCAUCCCGCUCUGAUGUGCCACAACGAGGUGCAGGGCGUGGGCAGGAUCCGGGGCGAGCGCAAGCCGGCGCUCGCCGAGGUGUGGACCCCCAACGACUGCUUCAAUUGCAUCAUCUCCAUGCAGCAGUACGGCAUCCCUGGGGCGAUCAGCUACAGCGACACCAACAAAAUGUUCGCCAAGUUCCCCAGCAGUCUGAAGGUGGCCUUCAUAGACUUCAAGGAGAAGAAUGUACACGCGGAGGUGGAUGGCGUGCACGCCCGCCAGAAGCGGCGAUACUUCAGCUGUUUGGUGGACGCCUCAUCUCCCGAGCAGAGCCCCGGGAGUGGGAGCGGGGGCCGGCGGGAAGCGCGCUUCAGCGUGGAGCUGCCGGGCUAUCCCAUCCUGGGGGAUGGGAAAAGCGACAAUCAGAACCACGCGAUCAUCUUCUUGCGGGGGAUCUUCAGCCAGUGCAUCGAUGCCAACCAGGGGGGCUACUUCGAGCAGAUGCUGUUGCUGCCCUGUGUGCUCGGGGAGUUCCGCACGCUGGAGCGGGGGGACCGGGAGGCCAAGCAGAUCAUCGGUUUGCCGGAGCACAUCACCAGCGACAUCGGCUCCAUCGGGGACUUCGCCGCAGGCUCCGAGGUGGCCUUCGGCACCCUGCUGCAGCGGACCUACUCGGUGCUCGGGGCGCGGAUGCACUACGGGCACCCGGACAUCAUGAACAAGCAGUACAUGAUGCAGCAGGGAGGCGUCUCGAAGGCGACGAAGACCAUCAACCUCUCGGAGGACAUCUUCGCGGGCAUGGAUUUUACCUUGCGGGGCCAGGGCCGAAGCAUCAAGCACUGCGAAUACUUCCACGUAGCGAAGGGCCGCGACCUGGGCUUCAACACGGUCCUGGGCUUCUUCUCGAAGCUCUCCAGCGGCGCCGGGGAGCAGAUCCUCACCCGGCCCUUGGGCCGCGAGGGACAUGUCGGACGGCAGAUGUUCCGAUUGCACCAGCUGCUACACUUGCCAGAGGCGUUCACCUUCUACUACGCUCACGCCUUGAGCUCGGUGAGACGAACCAAUCCUCGGCAGCAGCAAAACACAGGCCAAUUGAAUCUAUAG